AUGCGUUUGCUAGCGUGGAUCUUCGUUGUGACAAUAGUCACCUUCCUCUCAAGUGUCAGCGCCACUUCCGCCGUUGCUAGCUCGGAUGAGACUCCAUUCGGGCAUCUGACGACGAAGGAAUUCGGUACUUCGACUCGUCUACUUGCCGUUGACGACGAUGCUACCGCCCAGCGAUUUCUACGAGGCGAUGCUAAAACGGAUUUGAUGACAUCUACUGAUAAUUUGGCUGCGAGAUCUGAGGAGCGAGGGCUCAUCCCGUCCAAGUUUACAAACUUGCUUCGUAACGUGAAGGGUAAUUGGAAUACGAAUGCGUUGGUCGCUAAGAUGAAGGGUGGCUGGACCAAGUUGAGCGCCUUGUACGCUAAGUCUAAGGGUGGCUGGGCCAAGUUGAAAGGGAGCUGGUUGGAGAGGGCAAUGAAGCACAUGGAAAAUAAAGGUGAAAACCCGAACCAGGCGUAUGAGCGCUUGAUGAAGAAAAGUCAUCUCACGAAAGGCGAGACGGUGCUACUCAAAGCAUACGUACCCAGGUACAAGGCCACUCAUCCAGAGUUUACACCCCAUGACAAGGUUUCAAUGUUACUUUCAGUAGCAUGA